UUCUUCAGCUCAAACAAAAAUAGGCUGCGACUGCUGUCAUAUCCUGAAUUAGACAUGGCCGCGACCGGAGUUCUCCCCUUCAUCAGGGGAGUAGACUUGAGUGGGAAUGACUUUAAGGGGGGCUAUUUUCCUGAGCAUGUCAAGUCUAUGACCAGCUUGCGAUGGCUCAAGCUGAACAGAACCGGGCUUUGCUAUCUUCCAGAGGAAUUGGCCUCCUUACAGAAACUGGAACAUUUGUCAGUGAGUCACAACAACCUCACAACCCUGCAUGGAGAAUUGUCAAGUCUUCCCAACCUGAGGGCAGUUGUGGCUAGAGCAAACAACCUAAAAAACUCUGGAGUUCCUGAUGACAUUUUUCAGCUGGACGAUCUUUCUGUGCUGGACCUGAGCUACAACCAACUAACUGAGAUUCCAAGGGACUUGGAGAACUCCAGGAACAUGUUGGUCUUAAACCUCAGUCACAAUAGCAUUGAUAACAUACCAAAUCAGCUGUUCAUUAACCUCACCGAUCUGCUCUACUUGGACCUUAGUAACAAUAAUUUGGACAGUCUGCCUCCACAGAUGAGACGCUUGGUCCAUUUGCAGACCCUAAUACUCAAUAAUAAUCCACUUAUGCAUGCACAACUGAGGCAGUUACCUGCUAUGGUGGCACUUCAAACCCUUCAUUUAAGGAACACACAGCGUACCCAGAAUAAUAUGCCGACAAGUUUAGAGGGUCUCGCCAAUCUAGCAGACGUGGACCUGUCCUGCAAUGAUCUGGCUCGGAUGCCAGAGUGCUUGUAUUCCCUGCCAAAUCUAAAACGGCUCAAUCUGAGCAGCAAUCAGAUAACAGAGCUAUCAUUGUGUAUAGACCAGUGGACCAAGCUCGAAACUCUCAACCUUUCUAGGAACCAGCUCACAUCCCUGCCUUCUGCCAUUUGCAAGCUGUCCAAAUUGAAGAAGCUGUAUGUGAACUCAAACAAGCUUGAUUUUGAUGGACUUCCCUCUGGUGUGGGAAAAUUGUCCAACCUGGUAGAAUUCAUGGCCGCAAAUAAUAAUUUGGAGCUUGUUCCAGAGGGACUGUGCAGGUGUGGGAAAUUGAAGAAGCUGGUCUUGAACAAGAACCGGCUGGUGACAUUACCAGAGGCCAUCCAUUUCCUGACUGAAUUGGAAGUUUUGGAUGUUCGUGAGAAUCCAAAUCUGGUCAUGCCCCCUAAACCAGUAGACAGGACAGCUGAGUGGUACAACAUAGACUUCUCCUUGCAGAACCAGCUACGGUUGGCUGGUGCAUCCCCGGCCACUGUGGCAGCAGCCGGUGGAGGAAAUAGCCCAAGAGACCAUAUGGCCAGGAAAAUGAGGCUGAGGAGACGGAAGGACUCGUCUCAGGAUGAUGAUCAGGCUAAACAGGUGCUGAAGGGAAUGUCAGACGUGGCUCAGGAGAAGAACAAAUCUAUUGCGGAGAAUGGUGACUUGAAAUACUCUGACCUGAAAACCAAGCGCUGGGACAAAAACCUGGAGAAACCUCAGCUGGAUUACUCUGAGUUCUUUAUGGAGGAUGUGGGGCAGAUUCCAGGUGUUACAGUUUGGCAGAUAGAGAACUUUGUGCCGAUGCAGGUGGACGAGGCCUUCCAUGGAAAGUUCUAUGAGGCUGACUGUUACAUUGUUCUUAAGACUUUCUUGGAUGACAAUGGAGCCUUGAACUGGCACAUCUAUUACUGGAUCGGGCAGGAAGCUACCCUUGAUAAGAAAGCAGGCUCUGCCAUCCAUGCUGUCAAUCUUCGUAAUUAUUUGGGUGCUGAUGGCAGGACGAUCAGAGAGGAGAUGGGAGACGAAAGCGAAGAAUUCCUUGCGGUGUUUGACAAUGCAAUCUCUUACAUUGAGGGUGGUACCGUCAGUGGAUUUUUCACAGUAGAGGACACGCAAUACCCGACCAGGCUGUACAGGGUGUAUGGAAAAAAGAACAUCAGAUUAGAAUCUGUGCCUGUGAAAGGAUCAUCGCUUGACCCACGAUAUGUCUUUUUGCUGGACGCUGGUCUUGAAAUAUUUGUUUGGAGAGGAGGCAAUGCAACUCUUGGUGCUACUACCAAAUCAAGGUUAUUUGCUGAAAAGAUCAACAAAAAUGAGCGAAAAAGCAAAGCAGAGAUCACAACGUUGAUGCAGAAUCACGAACCUCCAGAAUUCUGGGAAAUUCUUGGGGGACAGCCAGAGGAAAUCAAGAAGCAUGUCCCAGAUGACUUUACUCCUAUUCGACCCAAGCUCUACAAGGUUGGCUUGGGUUUGGGAUACCUUGAACUUCCUCAGAUCAACUACAAACUCUCCGUUGAGCACAAAGAUAAGCUCAAACUUGAUGUGGUUCCAGAGCAGAGACUGGUACAAGGUCUCUUGGACACUAAAGGUGUCUACAUCUUAGAUUGCUGGUCUGACGUCUUCAUCUGGAUUGGCCGCAAGUCCCCACGUCUUGUUAGGGCAGCUGCAUUGAAACUGGGCCAAGAGGUGUGCAGUAUGCUCCAUCGACCAAAACACGCCGUGGUCAUCCGUAAUCUGGAGGGCACUGAGUGCCAGGUCUUCAAAUCCAAGUUCAAGAACUGGGAUGACGUGUUGAAGGUGGACUAUACAAGGAAUGCAGAGAGUGUGAAGCAAAAUGAGGGCUUGUCUGGAAAGGUGAAGAAGGAUGCAGAGCAGAAGGACCAGAUGAAAGCUGAUCUAACAGCUCUGUUUCUGCCUAGACAGCCACCCAUGCCCCUCACAGAGGCGGAGCAGAUGAUGGAGGAGUGGAAUGAGGACUUGGAUGGCAUGGAGGGAUUUGUUCUGGAGGGGAAGAAGUUUGCCCGUUUGCCAGAGGAGGAGUUCGGUCACUUUCACACUCAGGACUGCUAUGUAUUUCUGUGCAGGUACUGGGUGCCUGUGGAAUAUGAGGAUGAUCAAGAGAAAGACAAAGUGAAAGCAGAAGGAGGAGAGGAUGAAGAAAAACAGACUGAGGAAGACUUCCAGUGUGUGGUUUACUUCUGGCAAGGCCGUGAGGCUUCCAACAUGGGCUGGCUGACCUUCACUUUCAGCUUGCAGAAGAAGUUUGAGAGCUUGUUCCCAGGCAAACUAGAGGUUGUGAGAAUGACCCAGCAACAGGAGAACCUCAAGUUCUUGUCACACUUUAAGAGGAAGUUCAUCAUCCACAAAGGCAAGAGGAAGCUAAAGGUGGACAGUGUGCAACCAAGCUUAUACCACAUCAGGACGAAUGGAAGUGCACUGUGCACCAGGACUAUUCAAAUAGCCACUGAUUCCAGUAACCUCAACUCUGAAUUCUGCUUCAUAUUGAAGGUGCCAUUUGAAAGUACAGAUAACCAGGGAAUAGUGUACACGUGGGUUGGCAGAGCAGCAGACCCAGAUGAAGCUAAACUGUCAGAGGACAUCAUGAACACCAUGUUUGAUGAGUCAUACAGCAAACAGGUGAUAAAUGAAGGGGAGGAGCCAGAAAAUUUCUUCUGGGUUGGCAUUGGCUCACAGAAGCCUUACGAUGAAGAUGCAGAGUACAUGAAAUAUGCCAGACUGUUUAGGUGUUCUAAUGAGAAAGGUUACUUUGCUGUAUCGGAGAAAUGCUCUGACUUCUGUCAAGAUGACCUGGCCGAUGAUGAUAUCAUGCUUCUGGACAAUGGAAAAGAGGUUUACAUGUGGGUUGGCACACAGACAAGCCAAGUGGAGAUCAAACUGAGCCUGAAGGCUUGUCAGGUCUAUAUUCAACACAUGAGGUCUAAGGAUUCAGAGCACCCAAGAAAACUGCGCCUGGUGCGCAAAGGCAACGAGCCUCACUGUUUUACACGUUGUUUCCAUGCCUGGAGCACCUUCAAGACUGCACCUGCAUAAACUAGCCUUGCACCUCACAGAUUCUGUCUGAAUGCAACACAUCCACAUGCAUUAGAGUUCAGAAAACUACAUCUCUCAUAACAGACCCUCCAUUAUCACUGUGCACUGCGACUCUUUGUAAAGCUCACAAAUAUAAUUGCUAAUCUUAAACCUUUACGUGUAGGUUUAAAAUCAGAGUUUAAAGGAAUAGUGCACCCAAAAAUGAAAAUUCUGCAGCCUGAUCUGUCACCCUCAUGUCAUUCCAAACACAACAAAACCAACCCAUAGUCACUAUUCAUUUUCAUAUAGUCUUUUUUUCCAUACAAUUAAAGCGAAUGAUGACUCCGGCAUUCAUUAUACCUAACAUCUCCUUUUGUGUUCCAUGAAAGAAAGAAUUUUAAUUUUUAGGUGAACUAUCCAUUUUAAUGAUACAGCAUUUAGGUAAGCCUUACCUUGUAAGAUAAAAAUGCUGUAUUCUUUAAGGGAUGGUUUUAGGAAGAACAUAUCUGUUCUAAGGGAGAGUUUAUAUAUAUAUAUGUGUGUGUUUUUUCUUUUUAACCAUCUGGCUGCACAAGUGUUGUGAAUUGUUAUAUCUCUUUACAAUCUUCUUUGCAUAUGUUAUUUUAAAGAAGACUCCUAAUAUAAUUUGUUUGAGCAAAACUUGCUUAUGCACUAGACGCAUAUCAUAACUAUUGACUGCAAAGACUUUCAGCUAUUGAAAGCACAACACCCAUGUAAAUGUUUCAGAUUUCAUCUAAAAAAAUAUCUGAAUUGGUGCCACUCACAUCAGAUUUGUUAGUUGCCUUUGAAUGUCUGUUUCAUUGCUUUACCUUUGGGAUGUUGACUCUGAUGCCAACGCUGAUGGAAUAGAGAAUUGCACAGUCUUUGUGGGAUGUUCUUUGAUAAUUACAUGCCCUUAAACUACCCAACACGUCCAAGUCUGGGCUGAUCUGUAAUUGUAAUGAAUGGCAAUCCAGUAGUAAUAAUACAACAGUGCACCCUAUGAUUUGUUAUAGAGACUUCACAUGCAUUUUCUAUAGGUUUUUGGUUUAGCGGGGCUUAUGUCUGCUAUAAAGCUGGCACUGUUUUAUCAAAAUGUUUAUAGUCCCCUGUGUGUGAACUACAUAGUUUUUUUGAAUACUGAAUUUUUGUUGAUCUUGGAUAGGGAAAUUUGUUUAGCAAAGGAAAGAAAUGUUGUUUUAAUUAUGCUAGUCCCAUUUCUUAUGGCUAUCAUAAAAGGGAUUGAUAGAGGUGAAUAAUACAUAUUCGCAGUUUAUAGUGAGCUGCCUUUUUCCGUUUCUUUUUGUCAUAGCAGCUUUUUUGUCUGCAUAUAUAAAUGUGUUUCUAUGUGGACAAAUAUUUUCUGCCACCGAUUUCACCUGCAGAUGCUCUAUUUAUGUAUUUUGUAUUGAAUAAAGUUUCAUUGCACCGCU